AGAAGCUGGUGGAACUGAGGGGGAAAGCAGAGGCUGUGUCCACCCCCUGUUCCAGAGGCUGUCGGCCAAAAGCUCGGAGAGGUGCCCCCCCAAUUCUCCCCAGCCAUGAAUUCCCUGCCAUUGUUCCUGCCGCUCACCUGCCUGGUGGAGCUGGUAGUUGCUGGGCCGCUGGGCAAGGAGCCGUACCCCAUGCCGCCGAGUGUUUUGCAAGCGCUAUCCAGCCGGGGCACGCUGGUGCUGGAGGCCGCCAUGAAAAGCGCGCUGCUGGCCCUGGAGCGAGCAUUGGCCGAGCAUUCGCGGCAGCUGCAGGAAUGCGACGACUGCGUGCCCUGCCUCUUCGUGGACUGCGGCAACCACACCAGGGAAUGCACCUCCCCGGGGUCCCCGUCAGGCUCCCAGGCCGACUGUGAAGCUGUGUUGCAAGCCCAGGCUACCCCAGAGCAGCCUGCGAGGAACUGGGCCCUUAGCAAAGCCUGCGCUCCUUACCGGCAUCUGUGUUCGGGCUGGGAACGGGGCUCCGCCGGCUGCCUCCGCCUGAUGGCCGAACACUGCCAGCUACGCCUCCAGGAAUGUCGGCUGGAAAGCGAUAUGGACUAUUUGAAUACAGUGGCUGACCAGUCUGUUCCAGGGGUGUGCGGGCGCCGUGGAGUGCCAGCUCCCAACGUGACGACGGUGCAGGGGAAGAUAGUGGGCGGCCACAGAGCCUGGCACGGGGCGUGGCCCUGGCUGGUGUCGGUUCGACUCAACGAGGAGCUGAUGUGUGGCGGGGUCCUGGUGGGGGAGCUCUGGGUGCUCACGGCGGCCCACUGCUUCGCCGGAAGCAGAAACGAGUUGGCGUGGUCGGUGGUUCUGGGCGAUUACGACCUGACCAAGUCGGACGAAGGUGAGCGGGCAGUGCCUGUCAGUCGCAUCCUCUCCCAUCCCAAGUUCAACCCCAAGACCUUUCACAACGAUGUCGCGCUGCUGGAACUGAGCAGUCCGGUGGUCCCCUCUGCCUGGGUGACCCCAGUGUGCCUGCCGGAUAGACCCGCGGACCCGGCUGUCGGGACACUGUGCAAUAUUGUUGGCUGGGGCUCAGUUUAUGAAGAUGGGGCAGCAGCUGACGUAGUGAUGGAGGCCCGCGUGCCCGUGUUGGCUCAAGACAUCUGCCGCAGCACGCUGGGGCGCCAGCUCUUCACCAGCGCCAUGUUUUGUGCAGGAUACCUUUCUGGGGGCAUCGACUCUUGCCAGGGAGACUCUGGAGGCCCCCUGACUUGCUGGGACCCUCUGUCAGAGCGAUACGUGCUCUACGGGAUCACUUCCUGGGGGGACGGCUGUGGGGCCCCAGGGAAGCCCGGCGUGUACACCCGCGUCACUGCCUUCACAGACUGGAUCCAUCAGCAGAUACAGAAUUUGCCGUCCAGCCGGGAGCCCAGCUGCUUUGAGCUGCUAGCUCUCACCCAGCUGCCCCAAGAAAAGCAGUGGGAGGAACUGAGCCGCCUCUGUGCCUUCUUUCACGCUACAGAAAGUCGUGUUCCCUCGCCUCUCUCCGACUCCAGGGCUUUGCACCUCAAGGCCACCAAGAGAAGUGCAAGGCGAAGAAGCAACAGUGUGAACUGCGCUCCUACGCCCAGACUUUGCUGGAGUUCUUGCACCGGGCCGAAGAGUUUUUCCGGACUCAAAUCGACUUCUCGUUCUUCACACAUUCCCUUCCGCAAUUCAUGGAGCAAAUUUACCGGCGCCUCUUUCCUGCUCGGGUGCGGCGGGAAUCCACAGGGUUCAGACCCAGAGUCAGUUAUUGCCGAAGGAGAAGAAGGAGGGAAACGUGGCGUGAAAAUGCAGAAAAGAGAGGCCCAGACUUUGCAGAAGAGGUCACCCGCCACUGCACACCCCUCCUUCGCCUCGUUGUUCCAGGGGACAGGGCCCAGUUUGGACGACUGGGUCCAAACGCUGACCGCCAUGACUGAGGGCUCAAGAAUAGGAUCGAGCGGGGAGGAGCAGCUUUUCCUACAGCAGGCUGAUGGGAGAAUGGAAGAGCUCCAGGCCCAGGGCUGGCUCUUUAUUCAGCAGCUGCGGAGAGAGCUGAGCCCCGAGGGCGCGUUUCCAGAUGUGGAACUGGAGCAGGAAGUGGCCGGCGCAUCUCCUGCAUCCAAUAAGUCCCUGGAGGGCGGGACCCAGCGCUGGAGAGAGAAGCGGAGCCGUGGAGCCAGUCCAGAGGGUGAAAAGGAUCACAGCUUUCCUAAAGUUGCUUCUGCUGCAGGAUCCAACUGCCCGGGACUGAAUGAAUCCACCCAGCAGGUCCAGUCUGUGCGGGAGCUGUACUGUUGGAUUCUGCAAGUGCCGGAAAGGGACCUGGCUAUGACCUUCCAAGAGAUCCUCGUGGACUUGAACUCCAAGAACAGCAAGGGCCUCUUUCGGGCCCGGAUCCGAGCCGUUGUCGGAGGCAAAGCCGUGACCUUUGCUGGGCUCGUCGGCCUGGCCAAUGACUCCCUGUAUCGCAGCAUGCCGGGCCUCGUCGCCUUGGCCCUGGAAAGCUUGAAGACAUAGCCGAGCUGCUUCCGGAAAGAUCUAUGGCCCGUAGGCCUCGUUGAGCUCGGAGCUGAAGAAAGAGGCCCGUUGCCUAAGGAUGGGGUCUGUAAACUGAAGGCCAUGAUGGACUGGUCUCCUCUGGGUGGAAGAGAGUGGAGAUGCUGAGGACCUUCUGAACCUGGGACUGUUUUCCACUGAACCACUGCCCCACGUGUCCACCUCAGUCCCGUGGAUCAGACGUCAGUUUCUCAGUGCAGAUGACAAAACAAGAUGGGAGGCACAGAAACUGAGUUCUGAUAAGCUAGUAUGAGGGACUGGUCACAGUGCUAGACCUGAGGAGACAGGGGUUUCAAACCCCACUCAGCUAAGAAGUCCACUCGGGUGACCACCAGCCAUUCUCUCUCCUCAGCCUACCUCACAGGGUUGUUAGGAGGAUAAAAUGAAGGGAAAGAGCUAUGUACACCACCCUGUGUUCUUUGGAGGAAGGGAAAGCUGAAAACCUCGUGGACUGACUGCAAAACCGGGCCUUGUAGAAAGGUCUACUAACCAACCUGGAAGCCUGCAGCCUCUCUGAAAAAUAAGCCAGAGAUCCCUAUGAAUCUCCCCAUCUCACAGUGAGUUCAAACCUCACUGACAGCAGUGGCGUAGGAGGUUAAGAGCAGGUGCAUUCUAAUCUGGAGGAACCGAGUUUGAUUCCCCGCUCUGCCGCCUGAGCCGUGGAGGCUUAUCUGGGGAAUUCAGAUUAGCCUGUGCACUC